UGAAAAGAAGCUCACCAGACAGCGUACUUCCUACACCAUCAAAUGGCACCGUCCAGCGGUGGUCCUGUCGUUAAUGCGCGUUGCAGCGAUGGGCUCCCUGAGGGACUCCUCAGCUGCAACUUUUGGAGUGGACAAAGACGUGGGUCUUGGAGCGCUCGUCUGAAGUGUCAUGUGGUGAGGAAGGUCUUCGGUGCUGCUUUGUCCACGUGUUGGUUGCUGCUAUGCACGAUUCUGCUGGUACUACCGAGUCAAGUCUUCCUAUUGGUGGAAGGCGUCCAUUACCUGGCUGCGCAAGAGAGGUUCCUGACAGAGGCACAGUACCAUGAAGCUGUUGGAUUCGAGGACCAGCACAACGUGGAGCGUUUGAGCUUUCGAGACGUCUACUUUUAUGUAGUCGAAAACUGAAAAUAACCGAGUAGCCGACUGAAAUAACAGAGAACUACGCUCCUUUUCCGUCAGUAUCUCGCUUAUUUUAAGUAGUUACUCGCUUAAUUGAGUUUAUCGAAUAGUCCAAGAAGUUGUGUCACAGUUGUGGCCUUUAAUAAGCUGAUUACGAACUCUGGGGCGAGGAUACAGAAUGCAGGGUAGGGCAGUUUUGUGGUGCUUCUUGUUGCCAGAAGUGAACCCUUUCUGGACUGAAGUACAAUCUUGAGUCUAGAAGUUUAAAAACGUUGGAUAUGAAGAGUCUAUAAUUCGUAUAUCUAUGACCAUAUGAGUGACAGGAUAGCAGCUAGGUGCUCCUUUCUUAUCAUGUGAGCCACAGGGGGCCCAUUUUGGGCGUCUUUGUGAUACCAUUUCGAAUAGGGUGCAAAGCUGUCAUUAGAGAAUGAAUUUGAAUUAGAAGCUCAUAAAAAACCAUUUUUCCGAGAAUUCAAGAACAAAAUGAAUUCGAAAAUCCAAAUUUGAGAGAUUUGAAAGUUUCAAAUCUUAGAAAUGUCAAAGUUUCAAAGCUUGGAGAUAUCAAAGCCUCCACUCUGGUAGAUUUCAGAAUUCUGACGUAGAUGAUACAUAGUGGCAUAGAUAUACCUCUCAGGCGCUGUUGUUCUAAGCUUACUCAGCCACUUACUUGCUCUUUUCAGCCAUGCUGAAAGCUUCUAAUCAGAUAUAGUAUCAACGUGGCAUAGCGAACGAGAUGCUGCAAAACUGGCUAAAAAUGCGUGGCUGAAGAAUGUGUGGCAGGUGGCGUUUAUUACCGACCAGAAGAACGACAUCUAUCCCGAGCACCAACAGGACGACUUCCCACCAAGUGAAUUUCCAACCAUUAAGGCUGGGACUAUUGGUGUCCUCAGGGUAUUAGGUGAACGAAGAUUAUUUUCAUAGGAUUUGAUUUUCAUAGGCUGUGAUCCUGGUAGAUAUCAGGAGGGGAAGGAAGAAGUUGGACCCAGUGCUGGCAAUGGGCUUUCAUUCAGAAGUUGGAAAAGACGCGGAGAUAGCUGUGGACUCUUUGAAUUUCUAAUCCACUCUACGAGGGAAAGCUCCUACUAUGGAUGCGCAACACCGAACUGCCUCCGGAUAUCAAGUGGGUCGUGUUUUUGCCUACUGUCGAUGCCUUCGUGCAUUUGGGCCAUUUGUACUACUUUUUGCAGACACAUACCCCUUUGAAGAGGGGUAGAAAAGGGGGAGCAUCAGACUCAGACACAGUAGUAGCAUCAGACUCAGGCGGAGGUGGAACAAGGGAGGACCCGUCAGAGAAGCCAAGCGAAUCUGAGGAAAAUGCUGAGAAAGUAGAAGCUCCCCAGAGUACAGAGAGUGCGGAAGGAAGCUCUCCAACCGGUGAAGACGGCAACCUGCUUGAGCGAGUUUCCCUCGUUGACGAGGACGAACGUGCUGUAAUGUAUGCUUCUUUUGCGCCGAACACGAAGGUCUUCGACUACGAUCUUUUGCCGUGUUCUCCGGUGAUUUUCAACCGUGCGGCUUGGGACAGAAUGAUCCCCGAGAUCACCAAGCGGGAAUGCCCCUUCGUGGAAAGCAAUGCGCUGUCCUUGGGAUUCUGCAGUACGACUCGUGGGGUCACUGCUGUUUUUACCGACGCACUCCGAUGCAAUCCACCGAAGAACUGGCACGACGCGGCAGAUUUAGUGGGCUUCCUCUUAUGGUACAUUUGAUUGGGCUCCUCUUUCUCCCUUUCCUCCCACAAGCAACGCAAGAACUUUCGUUGUCAUAAUUCUUGAGAGUUGUAUCAGGUGGAUACUUAGUUAAAAGACUUUAUCAUCUAGCACGCAAUGGAGUAGCGGCUGCGUCUGCAGUAAACAACUCAAUACAUACUUAGUUAAAAACUCAGGUAAAAAAUCUGAAAUCAAGCAUCAGGAUAUCCGUUUAGCCUAAACUCCGGGAUCCGUCGGGGUUUAUAGACGCAUUUUAGACGCAGGCAAUCAAGUGUCACGAGUUCGUCUAAAGCUAGGGCUUUCUCAGAUGCAGCCACGGUGGGAGAGGAACAUGGAGGCGUCGGCGCUGGGCUUUGCAGGUGCUGCUGUUCGUGAUCGUAAACGUAGACUGCGGAGGAGAAAGGAGUACCAGAGGACAGCCACGAUAAGAGUACAGGACGAAAGUGUUGAGAGAACGGCAGAAAACGGAGAAGGCAAGCCUGACCAUCCUGAAAUAGCGCCCAUGGCUGUAGUAGACGAAGGCUUUCCAAGUGCCUGUGGUUCUGGGGCUCGAAACUACUAUCAGCCUGGUGUGGUCCCAAAUUUGAGGUCACUGAUAGAGUCAUUCUGUGUACAAGCGCCAAGGACGAUAAGGAAAAAGGAUAAUACUGGAGAAGGUGGCGAAGAUGGCAGUGGCCAAGAAGCAGAGGGGCCUCUGACUUUUUCCUCUGACAACCCAGAAGCACUUCGAGACUUUUUUGCCACCCGUUUUGGCGGUGUCGGUCCUAGUGAUGACCUGAGCAGAUUAGUGGUGCUGAGGGGGUCGCCUCAGGAAGGCGAGAAUGCAGUACGAAGUGCCGAAAUGCUUGCGAAGAAGCAGUGGGUUUUUUGGCUGCAAGAAGAAGAAGAUGAGCAAGAAGAGGCCUCGGCAACUUCUGUGGCAGCUUCUUCCUCAACAAAGCUGACGCGAAGCUACGUCAACGAGGAAGAGAUGCGAUACUUCAUCAGGCAGUACGAAGCAAAUUACCCAGAUCUUACGUUAAGGCACAGUUUGUGCGUCUUGUUUGCCCUAGGCCGUGUUUACAGAAGAGAAGUAAUUCUUCGGAUGUUCAUGCGAGUAGAAGGCGUUGCUGAAGAUGUUAAGACGAGUCUCUACUCCUAGAGCUGGUUUAAUAAGCGGAGGCACCUUGUUCAGGGAAGGUCCUGGGUUAGGCUUGGGCGGAAUUUGUGGAGAUAAUAGUCAAAGCUCUAACGGUGGAAACGCUAGCUAUCUUAAGGCUACCGUUGUUGCAUCAACAGGGUCGCAUCCCCUUCCUCAAGAAACUAGCAGCUACUGGAAGUAACUUUCACAUUGACGAUGCAGAAGAAAGAGCCUAAUCGAAUAAAAGUUUGUCCUUCGCUAGCUUCUCCCAAGGAUGCGACGGUGACAGCUCUCUUCUAAGUAUAGGGUCUAUCACAGAAGACAAUCACAUACUGGCACUGAAUGGCAUACUAUUUUCGCCUGCAGCCUGGCGCUUGACGGUGGAGCGCGGAUUUGCAGGCGCGCUUUCAGAGCUGUUUAUAGUGCAUUCAACGAGGUUAAGGCCAUAGAUAAGUCAAAGUCUGCCCUUCUUGUCUCCUCAUUUCUUGUUAUGUUUUUCAGGAUGUAGCUACUAGAAACUUACGCUUGUUAUAUCCUGACAUCCGUGCUAUCACAAUCAUAGUGGCGCGACAGGAAAGGACAAGAGCACGGCGUUGCUCGAUUGCCCCUCUCAUUCUAUUUUGUGGAUUCAGCGUCGCGACUCCCAAUUACCCUAUUCGGAACAGUAGCUACUGGCGCGUCACUCUUUUCGGUCCGGAAGUUGAAGAGCUGGGUCCUCCAUGACCUAGAAAUCAAGCAAAAGGAGCAAACGGUUAAGGCUGCUGGCUCAUAGGAGAAUCAGCGCUUUCUUUGCCAAAUGAUUAGUCGCGCAUCUUGGCGCGUGUCAGUCUUCCUUACUAGCAGCGCUGUUGCAUGUUUUCUCAUGAUUUGUAGUCGUGUUUUCGUCGAUACGCCUUUCAGUGUGAAGUGUGGUGCUUCGUCUCUAAUUCGCCUUGGUUCAACCAGUUACUGCAAGAUUGGGCUGCGACUGGCUACACUUAUGACACGUGUCACGAUGGUGGUUACAAUCUUCCCAUCAGGGUUGUUGAUUUGUGUCAAAGCAAAGAAUUGAAUUUGAACGAAAAGUGAAUGCGAAUUUGAAGUGUUUCUUCUUAAUCCUCGAAAAGUAUGCAAUGUAUCACAUCUUUUUCAAAUUCAGUCCCUGAGGGUUCAAUGUUUGUUUGUUUCUACAAAUGUUGGACUUAGUCACCUUUCUUAAAUCUUUGAGAAUGUCUUAAAUCUCUGAGAAUGCCUACAGACUCAAAGCUUUAGACUCUCAAAGCUUUAGAUUCUUAGGAUUCUAGAUUUUGAAUCUUUAGGAAGCUAAAGUUUUCGAGAUUCGUCCUUCCAAGAUCCAAAUCUGAGACAUUCAAGUUUUUUAGAUUGUCAAGAUGUCAUAGCAGCAAAGGUCUAGACCUCCAAAUGUUUAAACUUUGAAGAUUUUUGACUUUCGACGUUCAGGAAGCUAAACUUCUGAAGGUUCACGUCUCUGCUAAGCUAUAUUUUGACCAGGUUCCUUCUCCUAUGCUGUUUACAGGAAACAGGUGCUAUGUUUGUACCAUGUACAAUAGCAUGCUGCUCGUGCAUCACGUGGUAUCAUAGCGUGCAUCUCUAAGUCGACGAAGAACCCCUGCGAAAGGUUCCUUCGCGAGUGAGUAACAGUACGACAGGGCUGAUGUACAUCCACGGACAGAAUCACAUCGGCAUCACGAAGUCGGGACAAAGUGGCAUGCGUGAGUUUCGGAAGCAUCAAGCCUUAUUUCGCAGCGCAAACGGCUUCCCAAUCCAGCUGAGCAAUAUUAAGGCUACUCAAAACUUACUGAAUUUUAUUGUGCCUCUACGCAAGACCGUACCCUAAAAAAAGAACACAUAAGAAAGACCUCACCGUAAAAAGGGAAUCCUUUCUGUCAUGAGCCAGUUUCGAUGAUGGCAUGGAUUCGAUAUUUGAGUUCUAAGAAUAGCACGACGGUGAUUUGUGACAAAACGACUAUUCACGAAGAGCUUUCGCAGUUGGAAGUGGAGGAGGUUUAGCUUUAGAGAGGUUUCCUAAAGGUUUAGCCACUUGUUGGCCUCAAAGAAAAGUUUGAACAACUCGAUCGGAGGAAUGAAAAUGUUAACAACGUGAAGAUCAUUGGUUGACUCAAAUCGUCAAGAGAAACAAAGACAUCAAGAGCAAGAGGUCUAGAGAAGGUAUUUGCGUUUGGUAUGUGACGACCAGUCUCUUCUAUUCAAGAGACAUCGACAUUUUUUUUCAAGAGACAAUCAAUUGAGGACAUCUACGCGAGCAAGUAUCCUUUUCUCGAGUUGCUGACGAAGAAGAUUGAAGAUUUCAGAGAUUUCCAAGAGAGAUAUCGUGAGAUAUCGUCACGAAAGGCGAUAGCAGGAAACAAUAUAUGACAUCGUAUCUUCUCCUCGGGUAAAAAUUAUACGCGCAUCAACAGGAUGAGCCACCACUUAUAAAUAUGUUCAUUCAAAAAUAAAGGACAUCAGUCUCAGAAGGGUGUCGUCCAGCGUGUUUUUGCCCUUCUCAGGUGCAGUAUUCAGAAGAUACUUG